AAAUCCCUGGGAGAUUAGAGAUAUAAUCUGUUCGCGUCCGUGGGAGCUAUUGGUUAUAACUUAUAAGUGGUUAUAUAUCUGCGGAUUUCAUUAAGUAAGUAGGUAUGUAGGUCAAUAGUGUUGCUGUUGCUGCUGCUGCUGUUGUUGUUGCUGCUUUCUUCACCUUGUCUUUCCUGCACCUAUCAACUAGAUCGGUAAGGUAGUCAGUCGAGUCUGUCUAGUAACCAUGAGGUGCUCCGUGGUCAGCGCCUUAGCGCUUGCUCCCUUAGCUAGUAGCUCCAAGAUUGUCUAUAGAGCUGACAACACCACAAGCGCGUCGACAACGGCCCCGGCCCCGACAGCGACAGAGCCUUGCGCAAUUGUAAGCGCAACAUGGGCUGCCCAGAUAAGCGCAACGCCUACGCCCAUAAUUGAGGCGUCAGUCGCUUACGAUUGUCUCAAUUCGGUCCCAAUCAACAAGGGUGGCGCCCUCAAAUUUAUUGACGAGCUCAUACCAUAUGUUGAGUGGCAGUCUGACACCGCCUUCAAGAGGAAUCCGCCACUCGAUUAUUCCUACCCUCCCACCGACCUCUGGGCCACGAUCGCCAGGGUAAGAGCGGACCUUGAAGCAGACAAAUACCCUAAUGAGUACGCAUGGCAAGCCGAUCUAUACGCGAGUUUAUUUGGACCGGCGCAUGAUGGCCAUUUUGUAGUUUACCCCGACGCUCUGUCUGCUGCCCUGGAGUGGCAGAGGCCCUUUGCCUUGGUUUCAAUCAGCGAAGAAGGACCCGAUGGCUCUGCGCCAGUGAUCAAGGUGUACGAUGACGUCGUCUCUGGCGUAGAAGCACCGUCCACCGUAAAGCUCAUCAAUGGACUUGACGCAACUACUUUUAUCCAAGGUUGGAUUAACCAAGCCUCAGGCAAUCAGGAUGCAGAUGCCGCUUACAACUCCAUGUUCUUCGAGAAAGCGUUCGUGGCCGAGAACAAGAACCAGGGCUACUUCCAAACAGGAGGCCGAGUGAGAUACAUCUACCCUGGCAACAUCACCUCUUUCACUUUUGAAAACGGAACAGUAUUAGACCUACCGAAUCAAGCGAGACUCAAGAAUGAUUGGACUGGUGUCGUCGAUGGGCCGUCCUUUUUCAAAGUCUUCUGUUCUGGCGCCCGUUCCAGUCUUCUGGAAGAGACACCAACGACCACAACGUCGGCACCGCUUGUACCUGCCGCCACAAACGCAGCCCCUAUCGUAGGAUACCCCGACCCCGUAAUCAUAUCCGCCGACUCCUCCAUCUCCGGGUACUUCAUUGAUCAACCCGGCUUCGAAAAUGUCGCCGUCCUCGUUAUGCUCUCCUUCUCACCAGACGACCCCGUUGAGUUCCAGCGUGUUGCCCAAGACUUCUAUGCAGCUGCCAAGGAGGCUGGGAAGACGAAGCUCGUUGUCGACGUACAGGCCAAUGGUGGUGGAUAUAUCUUCCUCGGGUACGAUGGUUUCCGUCAACUAUUCCCCGACAUAGUUCAGGAAGGGUUGGGCCGUUGGCGGCAACAUCCUGGGUUUGCAGCCAUCUCGAAGGUAUUCUCCGACAUAUCUGAAGACUUCAACCCCGACACCGCUCGUCCCGAUAUAAUCAAUUCCUAUGAGUCUGUUUUCAACUGGCGAUACGACCUGAACAUCACGGACGAGAACUUCACAUCCUACGAGGAUAAGUUUGCGCCUCAACUAUUCGGGGGUGACACCUACACCAACCUCAUGCAGUGGAAUUUUAGUGACCCGUUAAGCACCAUCAACUCAACUUACGGUUUUGGUACCGAUAUAACCGGAUACCGAAGUCGCCAGAAUUUCACUCGACCGUUUGGUGGACCCGAAAACGUGGUGCUUUUACUCGACGGAUACUGCGCAUCGACAUGCACAUUAUUCGCCGAGUUUCUACGAGCGAACGCUGGGGUUAAGAGCAUUGCUAUGGGUGGACGACCGACCAAGGAAGGCUUGAUCCAGGGCGUAGGCGGCGUAAAAGGCUCGCAGAGCUACGGCUUCGCCGACGUUUACCUGCAAGCUCGGACCGCGCUUCGGUACACGAACGAUUCGGAAAUCCAGGACACGUUGCGUAACUACACGACUUAUGUCAUCGACCGCAGCACGGCGGCUAGCUUAAAUGUAAAGGAUCAGAUCCUCCAUGGUAACCUCGAGGAUGGGAUCCCUGCCCAGUUCGUCGUCGAGGAAUCCGACUGCCGGCUGUGGUGGACCGCGCCGAUGGUUGGUGACAUAACAGAACUGUGGAAAGCUGCAGCAACAGCAGCCUUCAAGGGGGGCAAGUGUGCGUAUGGCGCUAUUGACAGCCCCCCAAGCACAACAACACAGAGGAGGGUACCCUCUGGCCCGGCACCAUUCGACAAGCCGAGAUUCCCGGUCCCGAACACGAUAGGGACAGUUUCACUACCAAAGAAGCGGGACAUUGUGCAGAAGAGCUCAGCCUUCAUGGCCAAUCAGUUCAUGAAAGUCGUAGACUAGGACACCAUUUCAUCUACUGUGAUGAGCGUCGCAGUUUGGCAUAUACGGAUUCCUUGAUGUAGAUCCACCUCUAUAGGGUAAUGUAGAUGAGAGACGAUAUUUCAGGGCAUGUAAUGUAUGGAACAGUUUAAAUAACGCUAUUUUCGCCGAGAGUUUCCCACAUUUAACAUUUCCUCGGAGGGUGUGCCGAACAUUGUCGUGAUUGACCUAUCCUUUGCAGCUUAUAAUUCGCGAGUAGACGAGCUCGUGUACCUACUCUAUCAUAACGAAAGGAGGGUGUCCACCAUAUUCACC